CUACCUUCCUCCGUGCUUGCAAGGCUGAGCAAGUGGGGGGAGAAAAGCAGGAAAAGGGAGGGCGGAGGCUGCAGCGAUCAUGGCCGAGGACGAAGAAGAAAACUCGCCAGCCCGGCAACGUCUGCAGGAAUUGGUUGACCACUUGUAUCAUUUCCGAGAUCAUUAUUUUGAGAAUCACAGUGUGGAAGAUGCUGGAAAAAAACAACAGGAUGUUCAGGAAGAGAUGAAGAAGACUCUUCAAAAAAUGGAAGCCAUAGAUGGUUUAUCAGAAAGGAGAGCUUACAUUUUUAUGCUUAAAGGGAAAGCUUUGAAUGUAUCAGCAGACUAUAAUGCCCAGGCAGAAGAAUUGCUUUCCAAAGCAGUCAAGCUGGAUCCGGAAUUGGUGGAGGCGUGGAAUCAAUUAGGCGAGGUUUACUGGAAAAAGGGUGAUGUUUCUGCAGCCCAUACUUGCUUCUCCGGAGCGCUCAGCCAUCGUAAGAACAAAGUUUCCUUGCAGAACCUCUCCAUGGUGUUACGGCAGCUGCGCACCACUUCUCCCGAUGAACAUGCACAAAACGUGAUGGACAGCGUGCGGCAAGCCAAGCUGGCCGUGCAGAUGGAUGUGCGCGAUGGACGCUCUUGGUAUGUGCUGGGCAAUGCCUACAUCUCCUUGUUCUUCAAUACAGGGCAGAACCCCAAGAUCUCCCAGCAAGCACUGAAUGCCUAUGCACAAGCAGAAAAGGUGGACUCCACUGCUUCUUGUAAUCCAGAUUUGCAUCUCAAUCGAGCCACGCUUUCUAAGUAUGAAGAAAACUACAUGGAAGCCCUGGAGGGUUUCGCACGAGCCGUAGCCCUUGACCCAGCUUGGCUAGAACCUCGACACCGGGAGCAGCAACUCAUGGAUUUCCUUGAGAGACUAACUGGACUCCUUGAAAACAAGGGCAAAGUGAAAGGCAAGAAGCUGCAAAGCAUGUUGGGAAGCCUGCGACCCUCCCACCUGGGCCCUUGUGGUGAUGGACAUUAUCAAGGGCCUUCAGGUCAGAAGGUAGAACUACAGAGACGAUCCCUCAGUGCCUUGCAACCUGGUGUUAACACGGGUGCUGUGAUCUUGGGGAAGGUGUUGUUCAGCCUGACUACUGAGGAAAAAGUGCCUUUCACCUUUGGAUUGAUGGACUCUCUCGAAGGCCCUUGUUUUGCCGUCACUGUUUACAACAUGGCCGAAAGCUGGGGGGUCCUAAUUGGGGACUCGGUGGCCAUCCCUGAACCUCACCUUCGGCACCAUCACAUCCAACACCAGAACAAAAGUUUUACUUUUUCUGGCCUCCGCGUAGAGACUCCCCUGCUUCUCGUGGUGAACGGCAAAGUUCAAGGAUCCCAAAAUCAGGCCGCUGCAACCAUUGCCUACCAGGCACAAAGUGAAUGAAAAGAGACAAAGGACAAAAUUAUCCAGGGAUGCUCAGAUUUUUAGGCUACAUCAGCUCCGUCUCCUCAUACCUUUUUCAGUAGUUUAGAGAGAUUGGACUGAUUCGUAGAAGUACAAUCCAGCCGUUAAGUGAAGGAGCGAGAGAAAAAAGAGAAUCGUAGAACGUUUGCUCAAACUGGUGCUUAAUUCUCAUCUCUCUUGGUUCCUCCCCCCCCCCCAAAAAUUUGUUUUCCAAAGACACCAGUCUCUGUCUUACUUUCAGUUGUACUAAAAUGAGUGUCUACAGAAAAUCUGGGGGUGCUCAUUUUUAUUCCCCAUCUCUUUAAUUUUCUUCCCCCUUUUCCGACCUCUUCUUUCACCUUCGCUCUUGCUUUGCCUUGAUCGCAUUUAAGGUUGGGCAGUCGGUCAGUUUAAAUCCUGUCCUUUGUAGAUUCCAUUCAUCUGAAUCAGAUUCGGUUCUUUUUUGCAGUGUAUUAAUGAAGUCAGUGGGACUUAGGUUAGCAUGACUGUCCUAAAUCCCACCGUCUUAUGAAGUCAGUAUGACCCCCUCUACAUCCAACUUGUUAUUUCUGUGUAAAUAGAAGAGAUGCUUUCUGUAUUUAUUUGAUAUUAUUUUGAGAUGGGGGUUUUUUUUGUAUACUUUUUCUUGCCAGACUCCUGAUCUUUUCCCCUUCCAAUCCAAUAAAAUGAGUUCUUUGCCAUAA